AUGCCGAACUUCUGUGCUGCCCCCAACUGCACACGGAAGAGCUCGCAGUCCGACCUGGCCUUUUUCAGGUUCCCGCGGGAUCCGGCCAGAUGCCGGAAGUGGGUGGAGAAUUGUAGGCGAGCAGACUUAGAAGAUAAAACACCUGAUCAACUAAAUAAACAUUAUCGAUUAUGUGCCAAACACUUUGAGACCUCUAUGAUCUGUAGAACUAGUCCUUAUAGGACAGUUCUUCGAGAUAAUGCAAUACCAACAAUAUUUGAUCUUACCAGUCAUUUGAACAAUCCACACAGUAGACACAGAAAACAAAUAAAAGAAUUGAGUGGAGAUGAAAUCAGGACACUGAAACAGAAAACAAUUGAUGAAACUUCCGAACAAGAACAAAAACAUAAAGAAACCAACAACAGCAAUGCUCAGAAUCCCAGUGUAGAAGAGGGGGGUGAAGAACAGGAUGAGGACAUUUUACUUCUAACCCUUGAAGAGAAGGAAAACAAAGAAUAUCUAAAAUCUCUAUUUGAAAUCUUGAUUCUUAUGGGAAAGCAAAACAUACCUCUGGAUGGACAUGAGGCUGACGAAAUCCCAGAAGGUCUUUUUGAAGAAAGGGGCAAAAAACUGAAGGAAAUUUGCCAUUCUCAGUGGACAGGAAGGCAUGAUGCUUUCGAAAUUUUAGUGGACCUUCUGCAAGCACUUGUUUUAUGUUUAGAUGGUAUAAAUAGUGACACAACUAUUAGAUGGAAUAACUGUAUAGCUGGCCGAGCAUUUGUCCUCUGUAGUGCAGUAACAGAUUUCGAUUUCAUUGUUACUAUUGUUGUUCUUAAAAAUGUCCUCUCUUUUACAAGGGCCUUUGGGAAAAAUCUCCAGGGGCAAACUUCUGAUGUCUUCUUUGCAGCCAGUAGCUUGACUGCAGUACUGCAUUCACUAAAUGAAGUGAUGGAAAAUAUUGAAGUUUAUCAUGAAUUUUGGUUUGAAGAAGCCACAAAUUUGGCUGCCAAACUUGAUAUUCAGAUGAAACUCCCUGGGAAAUUCCACAGAGCUCAGCAAAGUAACUUGGAACCUCAGCUGACCUCCGAGAGUUACUAUAAAGAAACCCUAAGUGUUCCAACAGUGGAGCACAUUAUUCAGGAACUUAAAGAUAUAUUCUCAGAACAGCACCUCAAAGCUCUUAAAUGUUUAUCUCUGGUACCCUCAGUCAUGGGUCAACUCAAAUUCAAUACGUCAGAGGAACACCAUGCUGACAUGUACAGAAGUGAUUUACCCAAUCCUGACACGCUCUCAGCUGAACUUCAUUGUUGGAGAAUUAAAUGGAAACACAGAGGGAAAGAUAUUGAGCUUCCAUCCACCAUUUAUGAAGCCCUCCACCUGCCUGACAUCAAGUUUUUUCCUAAUGUGUAUGCAUUGCUGAAAGUCCUGUGUAUUCUUCCCGUGAUGAAGGUUGAGAUUGAGCGCUACAAAAAUGCACGAAAGCAUCUCAAAGCAUACUUGAGGAACACUUUGACAGACCAAAGGUCAAGUAACUUGGCUUUGCUUAACAUAAAUUUUGAUAUAAAACAUGAUCUGGAUUUAAUGGUAGACACAUAUAUCAAACUCUAUACAACUAAGUCAGAUAAUUGAGAAAACAUUAAAAAUACCUAAGAGACUUUUAAAAUAGGCUUUCUCUUGUAUUCGAUAUUUGAAAGAAGAGCCGUAAGGUGUAUGUUGGGCACUUAAUCACUGAUUAUCUUUGCCUAUAGGCCUCCAUUGCAUAGUUCAGCCAUUGAUAAUAUACCUGUUUGGCCCCUGUUUGAACUCUCAUGCUUUGAAGACCUAUCUGUUCUUCGAGAGGAUAGCAUUGAAAGUGCCCCGUUUUACUUCUCUGUGAUCUCUGCCGGUGGCACUCUGGAAUUGUUUUAGUUAAGUCAUUUUAGACAUAACAUUUACUAUCACGGUAGAUCCACGUCAGGUAUUGAGUUACCAGUUCUUUGAAGAAAUAAAUUUUGAGGAGGUGUGGGAGGAAGGAAUACAUUUUAUAAAAUGUUACAAUGAAGCCCAUGAUUGACCUUUGACUAGUAGAAGUUUUAAAUAUAUUGUUAAAAAUCUGUAAUGGAAAGUCAAAAGAAAUUAUCAGAGAGAGAAGCUUGUGAGCUCACCAAACAAGGAUUUCAUUGUAGAUUUUGUCUUUAUCAAAUGAACUUAAAGGAACAAGUGACAAAGUUUGAAUGGGAGAGCCUGCCAUUGUUGUUCCACUUCUGGUUGUUGCUGU